AUGCGCAACUCAAGCUUCACGACCUACUUCAACGUCGCAUAUUGCAUCAUGCUCAUCCCCUCGCAAGUCAUCCUGACCUACGUGCGCCCGAGCUACUGGCUCUCCGGUCUUGAAGUCUGCUGGGGAAUCAUCACAGGCAUGUUUGCCCUCGUCAAGAACGCCCAGCAGGUUUACGUCCUCCGCGUUCUGCUCGGGCUCUGCGAGAGUUCCGCGUGGCCUGGCAUGAUGACGUUGCUGAUGCAUUGGUACACGCCGUCUGAGCUGGCCAAGCGCAUGGGGUUCUACCACUCGUGCCAAGCUGUCGGGUCAAUGAUGUCGGGAGCGUUGCAAGUGGCCAUCAGAAGCUCCAUGCAUGGACUACAUGGCCUCCCCGGUUGGCGCUGGCUCUUUGUUGUCAACGCCAUCAUGACCGUUGUUGUUGGUGCCAUGGGCUUCUUCCUAUUGCCCGACACGCCAAACAACCCAAACCCUCGCGCAUUCUGGUUCAAGAAGGGCCACGCUCAGCUCGCCAUGGAGCGACUGGAGCGCCACGGAAAGGCUGAGCCCAAGAAGAUGACCUGGGCCGCCACGAGACGCGCAUUCAAGAGCUGGGUCAUCUACUUCCUGCCCGUGCUCUAUAUCGCGACGGUUCUCGAGACGUACGGCAACAACUACUUCAACUUGUUCCUCAAGAGCUUGAAGAACGCGGACGGCAGUGCCAGGUGGUCGACUGACCAGGUGAACGCCAUUCCCAUCGGUGGUAGUGCGAUCAACGUUGUCUUCGUCUGGGUUUGGGCUAUUCUGUCCGACCUCCUGAUGACGAGAUGGACUCUAAUCGUCGUCCAAGCUGUCAUUGGCCUUGCUGUCUGCAUUGCCAUGAGUGUAUGGUCAGCACACCCAACGACGACGCCCAUCGGAACCGCCUACGCAAGCUACUUCAUCACUUUUACGGCCAUGGGCACAGCUCCUCUCAUCUUCGCGUGGCUGGCCGAUCUCUUGCCUCAAGACCCCGAGGCGAGAACGCUGAUUGUUGGUGUGUCCAUUGCCGGCUACUACGCCAUCUCUGCUUGGUCCCAGGUGCUCGUCUGGCCUGCUACUCAGGCUCCUUAUUACAAGUAUGCUUGGCAGUCAUCCGUAGCCAUUGGAGUUCUCGUCAUCAUCAUGACUUGCGUGCUUCGGUACAUUGAUGUCAAGUACCUCUUGCCGAAGCGAGAGGCGUAUCGUAACACGAUCAUUGAGGCUACCGAUGCGGAUGACGUUGAGAGGGUCGACUCUACUGGUGGUGUAGACAGAAAGGUCAAGUCGGCAGCAAUGGUGCCGGAAGUAUGA